GGAGUUGGACGCAGAGCCCAUAUGGCCAUCUMGAAUAAUCUGAUUCCAAAGUGAAAGUGAGAUUGCAUAGUUGAACUUGAAUGUGACAGUGCUGAAGAGGGAGGAAGACUCCGGCAUCCGGCCAGUGGUGAAGAGGCUUUGUGGAAGAUUUUCUAUUUGAGAAUUUGUGUCAGUGCUGCUGCUUUAGUCGAUCAUGGAUGAACAACAGAUAGCGAUUCUCCUCGAAGCGGCCUCUCGUUUCCCACGUCCUCAAGGGGUGAAGCUUUCAUAUGGAACGGCUGGAUUCAGGGCAGACGCUUCGAUCUUGUCGUCGACGGUGUUCAGGGUUGGGAUUCUGGCAGCUCUGAGAUCCUUGAAGACUCAGGCGGUUAUUGGAUUGAUGAUCACUGCUUCUCACAAUCAAGUUUCCGACAAUGGGGUCAAGGUGGCUGACCCGAGUGGUGGCAUGUUGACCCAAGAGUGGGAGCCAUUCGCUGACUCCCUCGCUAACGCUAUUGAUGCUGAAGAUCUCGUCCGGUUGAUAAUCGAGUUUGUGAAGAAGGAAAACAUUCAAUUUGGAGUGAAGUCUGCGGAGAUAUUGUUGGGAAGAGAUACAAGACCUAGUGGAGAAUCUCUCCUCGAAGCGGCAAAGCAGGGAAUCAAUUCCAUAGUUGGAGCUGUUGCCACUGACGUUGGGGUUGUCACAACUCCACAACUUCAUUGGAUGGUUCGCAGUAGAAACAAGGGAAUGCAAGCAUCUGAAGCUGCUUAUUUUGAACAACUCUCGAACUCUUUUGGGUGCUUGAUGGAUUUGAAGCCCAAGGAAACCACAGCAAAUGUGAUGGAUGAUAAAUUGACUGUGGAUGGAGCUAAUGGUGUUGGUGGGGAAAAGCUUGAAGAAUUGAAAAAUUUUCUGAAGGAAAUAGUUAUUGACAUCCGGAAUUCUGGCAAGAAGGGCGGUGUUCUUAAUGAAGGAGUUGGAGCUGAUUACGUGCAGAAGGAGAAGGUUGUUCCACAUGGUUUUGGUCCAAAUGAUGUUGGGAUGAGGUUAUCUGAAAAAAAAAAUACAUGCCUGAAAACUUGUACCUCAUGUAUCUAUUUAGAGAAAAUAAUGCUGUUCUUGUUUUGGAAGUUAAUGGUUCAACUGCUUUCUGUUUUUACUCAGGUAAAAGUUGCAGAUAGAACUGCUGUUGUUACAGCAAAUGCGGAAACAGUGGUUGUGAAGCCAUCUGGACUUCAGAAAGUUAUUGAUGCUGAAACUGCAAAAUACCCUCAGGGGCGAUCAUUUAUAAGGCCAUCAGGUACAGAGGAUGUCAUACGUGUAUAUGCAGAGGCAUCCACACAGGAAGCAGCAGAGAACCUUGCCAAAUCUGUAGCUCAGCACGUGGAUCAAUUCCUGGGGUUGGGCAGCAACUAACAAUUUUGUUUGACUAAAUUUCAUUGGAGACUGUCCUCUUACAAAAUGAAAGCAGCCAUUUCUAUUGGUAGAGUUUUAUUUCCAGAUAGAAUGCUUAUAUUUUCUUUCUCUGAAAUUUGGUUUACAUGAAAACAAAAACCAAGUCUAUUUAUAAUAUAUGAGUUUCUUUUACAGUUUC